UAGAUAUACGACUAGGUUGUCCGUUCACUUUUCGCGGGCUCGUUUUUCUCGUGCUAGAGACUCAUUUGUCCAUCCAGGCAUGGAUAUUUAAACCUCGUCUGAACUAUUUUUUUCAGAUUGGGAUAACUUUCGUCCUGAACUCGUACGCUGAAAGAAGAACGUCAUUACAUUGGUAGUUAGGAUGAUUACGUGUCCAACGAUCGUCAUUUUCAUAGCCAUGUAUUUGCCCUUCAUAGCGUGCAGUUCACAGUCAUGUGUUAGGGACAUAAUACAUGAUUUUGAACAAAUGAAAGUGGACGUGGCAAGGUCUAAAGCAGCAGUCAAGACCGCAUUUUUUGCUGCACUUACUCCGCAUUUUACAUUAACUGGAAUAAAUGCGGUUUUGAAAUUCGAUGAUGUGAAAGUGAAUAGAGGUGAAGCAUAUGAUCCAUCAACAGGCGUGUUUACAGCAAGGGUUCCAGGACUAUACCAUUUUUCAUGUAUGAUUUUGGCAAAUCAUGGUGCCGUAGUGCAUUACCAACUGAACAAGAAUGAUCAGCCAUACAUUCUAGGUUACUCACAUAGAGGACUAGCUGCAGACUCUAGUACAAUUAGUGCUGUGAUGGAGCUAGCAGCUGGAGAUCGAGUAUUUAUCAAACAUAGACAUACUGGAGCUUCAGAAGUUGUUUUUGGGGCAGCUCACACGUCCUUUUCUGGAUAUUUCAUAGCACCUUGAUUUUUCUUGUUUUUUCAUGCUGUUUUACUUGACUAAUAAAGGUAAUUCAAUAUAAAA